GCAGUCGGAGCAGCAACCCUGAACCUGAGGACUUCACGGGGUGACGCCUCUCAUGAAUGGGAGUCAUAUUCCAGCCCGGAAAGAGAAGCUGUUUGCGGUCAACUUCACCAGAGAAGAAAACUUUUAAUUAGAUGAAUCUGACUGAAUAUUUUAUGAGCGGGUUUACACUGAGGCAAAGCUUCCCUGCAGCUGAGGAGCACUUUGUGCGACAUGGAAAACGGUUGUGAGGGAAUGUCUCAGCUCGUGCGGGGCUGAGUGGUCCUGCGUCAUUCAGACAACUCCUCUGCCGGGGUCAGGAGGCGGUGGCUGGGAUUGUGCAAAGAGACUGGAACACCCUAGCAAAGAAGGGAGGUAAAACGGUGACAGCGUAAGGAACCAUCUGUGGUUGGUUGACAGAAGGCUGCUAGAUCCUGCAAUGCCAGAAGAAGCAAAUGAGGACGCAAUGAGAACGCCAGCAACCCCAGAGAAGGCCAACAACACCGAGUGUCCCCCAGCCACCACAGUGAACAUCCCCCUGGUCAAUGAAGUGCAGCUGACCGCAGCCACUGGCGGCGCCGAGCUCUCCUGCUACCGCUGCACCAUCCCCUUUGGUGUAGUGGUCCUCAUCGCCGGCAUCGUGGUCACCGCUGUGGCUUACAGCUUCAACUCGCAUGGAUCCACCAUCUCCUACUUCGGCUUGGUGCUUCUAUCAGCUGGGUUGGUGCUGUUGGCGUCAAGCGUGGUCUGCUGGAAGAUGAGACUGGAGAGGAAGAAGGAGAGGCGACGGGAGAGCCAAACCGCCCUAGUCGCCAACCAGAGGAGUAUUUUUACUUGAACUAAAAGAUGGACCCACUUCCUGGUUUUCUGGGUCAAAAAAAAGGCCUGGUUUUGAGAUUGAGUUGGAGAACCAAAGAUAGAAUACAUCAACACAGACAAAUGCUUAAAACAAGAACCAACUGAAGGCUACAAUAACUGAAAUCAAUAUGUUAAAGACGUUUUAAUGUACAUUACAAUUUCAGGAUUGAUUGAGGCACAAAAUAAUUCAUCUCCUGUGUUCUGCACAUGACCAGCUGCAGGCAGAUGUUGGCCAGCCUCUUCAAACCUGUAAAAGCGUUUUUUUACCGCAGACUAUCAACGCCCAGAACUUAAAGCUUUGAAGACAUUUUAAGGAUUUAUAUCUCAAACAGACGUCGAGCAUCUGGCCAACUGGGAACGCAGCCAAGAGGAACGUAUCACAAUUAAGAUGAAUAACCACCGUGUAGAGGAAGUCUCCCAUUAAUAUUCUGUUAGAUGUGGCGACUUUGAAUGUAAAGAGAAGGGAUUGUGGUUUGAAAGGCCCAGGAGAAGGAAAGGGAAACUGGAAAAUCCAGGACAAUGAUUCAUCCUUCAUUUACUUCUCCUCAACUGUUUAUGAAGUGUCAGCGUUCAUCUCACAAGGAUUGUCUGUUAUGAAAGUUUAUGGUACUCAAUGUGAGGAUUUUCUUUCAAAUCUCCAAAUAUUUUUGCGGCAUGUCAGAUUAGAUGGCACAUGAUAUUUCACUCUGAGAAUGUUUAACCUUAACUACAUUUUUAUCUUAAAGCACUUUGAUUUAGGGCUGCAACUUACAAUUUUAUGAUUUUUUAACCUGUCCAUAACUUUUCAUUUAACUAAAAAGUGAAAAAUGUUUAUUCUGUUUUCUCAAAGUCCAAGGCAAUGUCCUUAAAUUUCUUGGUUUUUUAAUGCAAAACCCAAAGAAAUUCACUUAAUAAUAAGAUAAACCAAAUAAAGCUGGAAAUCUCCAUGUUGGAUAGGUUAACAAAAGCAUUUACUGACACUUUUACAUUAAAACUUACUUUAACUGCUCUAUAGAUAUCAUAGCAAUUACUAAUUCUGUCGAUUGAGUAAUCUUUUCUAACAAAAACUAUUGCAGCUCUACUUUGAUUAUCAUAAUCAUUAUAUUCAGUAUUAAACCAAAUCUAUAAAGUAAUAAAGUGACACUUCCAGAACUGUGAGUAGUUUUGGCAAAAAUCGAAAGAAAUAUUUUGUAUGGUGAUGAUCGCUUAUUGUCCAGUGUACUUCCAUACUGUAAGGAAUGUAUAAAAUGUAGCAUAUGUUUAUUUUUUUUGAUGUAAUCAUUUGCAUGUAUUAACAAGACAAGAUGAGGUUAAAUAAACUCAUUGAUACUCAAA